CUGACGCCAUGAGCGGCCACGAGUCGGUCAAGGCCAAGUCGCAGCUCAAGAAGAGCACGCGGGCGCGCUCGGCACACGCAGACUUUGUGCGCAAGUCCAAACAGGUCACGCUCAACAAGCGCCGCCGCCUACCAUCGCAAGAAAUGGACAACGACAUGGACGACGUCGAGUUCCAGCAACUCGUUCAAGCAUUGCUCGCAUCGCCCGAGCACACGUUGCCGAUCCUGGAGCAAAUGAAGGCUGGACUCACGGAUUGCAGCGCCCAACGCCUUGACAAUGUCGCUGAAUCCGGUGUGAUUCCAGUCUUGAUCGACUUGCUUGAACGCCCGUCGUCCACAACGAUGGAGCUGACCCAAGUGCUUUGGAUUCUCACUUUCAUCACGUCGGGGCUUUACGAACACACAAAAGCCGUGUUGCCUGCAGUUCCUACGCUUCUUGCAUUUUUGCAGAACGCAGACUUGGCCGAGCAUGCCGCGUGGACGCUGGGCAACAUUGCAGCCGACUGCGAAGAAUUUCGGCUGUACUUGAUUCGUCAUGGUGCCAUUGGGCCGCUUGUGGAGCACUUGAAGCACCCUCAACCGGCCAUGCUCAAAGUGAGUUUGUGGGCCUUGUCCAACAUGGCGCGAGGAGUUCAAACGUCGGCGAAAGCCUUCUUCGACCACGACAUUGGUCCGAUCUCACUUCAGCUUCUGCUGGCGAACGAAACCCCGGACGUCGUGCAGGAGCUCCUGUGGCUGCUGAGCUUCUUGACGGCGAAAGAGGACAAAUAUCUGCACUGGUUGCUGGACCACAACCUUUGGGCGGGAUUGUUGCACCAUUUGGACGAGAAGGAUCCAGCCGUUUUGACGCCGCUGCUUCGCGUGACGGGUAACAUUUGCUGUGUGAACCCCGAGGCGGCGUCAUGGCAACUACCUUACAUUCAAUCGAUCGCGUGCGAAUUGCGGUUUUUGUACAUGCUCAAGCGCUUGUUGUGGCUCGAGAACGACUCCCAUGUCGUUGCAGAAGCUGCAUGGGUCGUAUCCAAUUUGGCAGCGCGGGACGCGGCGGUCGUCGAGUUGCUGGUGAAACAUGACUUCCUGCCCCGUCUUGGGGCUUGCUUUCGCGAUGGCGGCUAUGACAUACGCAAAGAGGCCGCGUUUGCACUGACCAACAUCGCGAUUACGUCAACUACUUAUGCGGAGCAAAUCGUGGCCCUGGACGUCAUCGACGGCUAUGUGACGUUGCUUUCGGUCCCCGACCUGAAUGUCGUGGGAACGGCGCUCCAGUUCAUUGAGCACGUCCUGCGGCAUGUGCCGCGCGGCGUGUACACCGUCGAGAGCGCCGGCGGCAUUGCCGCUCUGGAAACCAUCCAAGACGGCACGAGCGACUUCCUCGCCACCAAGGCCGAACAGCUCGUGAAUGAGUUUUACGGCGAAUCGUACGACGCACCGUUCUCGCCACCGGGCCAUGCCCCAGAAGCAACCUUCAAUCAGCCACAAUCAAGUCCUCAGUCGACCGCAGGCAUGGGACGUGGGGCUCACAUGACCCGUCCAGCGUGGGCGGCGCAAUAGCCUUGCUUGAUGACGUGUCUGCUCGGAACUGGCAAGUCCUUGUGGCGACGUCACCAUGCUUCUAUGACACGGAUAUCCCAUCGUAUGGAGAAGAGUUUAUAAACUGUAAUUGGUGGCACCCCAAGGGAUGGAUGCGUUGGAA